AUGUCUAAUUCUCCAGAUACUUCUUGGAUCACUUCUCUUUCAUGUUCGUCAAGCCAUGUUAUCAAAUCUUCGGUGGAAACCUCAACCUUGUCUGUCUUGCUUCAAUGGGUAAGAUUUGUGUUACUAUCUCCAUGUUGGCAACGCAUUCUCUUCACCAUUAUUGAUCUUCUCUUUUUGCUUGCACUUUUCAUCUGUUUAAUCAAAGAAAUCUUUUACUCGACUCGUUCUUCUAUUCAUGAACAAGAAGAUUCUGCCAUUGCCAGAAGAAGAAUCAAGUUUUAUUUUAAGACUAGUUUUUCCUACAAUCUCUCUCUGAUUCUUACUAUGCUAUUAGCAGUUUCUUAUACUAUUCUUUGUUUAAUAGUUUUCACUAGUACUACUGAAACGUCCAACUCUAAUACAUGGAGACUAAUAGAACUUGUAUUCUUAGUAAUUCAAGCAGUAACUCAUUUUGCUAUUGCGGUAUUAAUCGUACACGAAAAGAGAACGGAAGCAAGGAUUCAUCCAACAUCUCUUCGCCUUUAUUGGGUUGUCAACUUUUUUGUCAUUUGUUUGUUCUCUAUCUCUGGGAUCACUAGACUCAGCUUAAUCAAAGAAAACCAUGCUUUGAAGUUACGCACAGACGAUAUUGUUUUCCUAAUUGUUGUCCCAGUGUCGGUUGUUCUUUUGUAUUCUGGAAUCAAAGGGUCUACAGGAAUUGAAAAAACUGGAUACUGUGAACCAGAAAAGGAUUUAAAUGUACCUCUUUUGGUGAACAAUUCGAAUGUGUCAGGGUAUGCUUCAGCCUCGUUGUUGUCAAGAGCUACUUGGUAUUGGAUGAAUCCGUUGCUAACAAAAGGAUACGAAUCGCCUCUCCAUAUAGAAGAUGUUCCAUCACUGUCACCUGAACAUAUGGCUAAAGAGACAUCUCAAUUGUUCGAAUCAAAUUGGCCAAAACAAGCAGACAAAUGCAGCCAUCCAGUUCGAACGACAUUAAUUCGUUGUUUCUGGAAGGAAAUGAUCUUCACUGCAUUCCUUGCGAUUCUUAAGCUAUGUGUCAUGUAUUUAGGUCCUAUUCUUCUUGAUGGGUUCCUCAGGUUCACGUCUGGUAAAGGUGAUUCUCCUUAUGAAGGUUACUAUCUUGUAUUAGCCCUUUUAUUGGCGAAAUUCAUCGAAGUUCUUUCGUCUCACCAGUUCAAUUUCCAAUCUCAGAAGGUCGGAAUGCUCAUUCGAUCUACUCUCAUCACUUGUUUAUAUAGAAAGGGUCUUAGACUCUCAUGUUCUUCCCGCCAAAAACACGGCAUAGGCCAAAUUGUGAACUACAUGGCAGUUGAUGCGCAACAACUUUCUGACAUGAUUUUACAGCUUCAUAAUCUGUGGAUGAUGCCAAUUCAAGUAGGAAUUGCUCUGGUUAUACUCUAUUCAUACUUGGGUAUAUCGUCUUUGGCGGCAUUUGUUGGUGUUACUGCUGUAAUGCUGUUUGUUCUAUGGGGUACUAAAAGAACCAACAAAUAUCAAUUCGGUGUAAUGAAAAUGAGAGAUUCAAGAAUGAAAGCUACAACUGAAAUGCUUAAUAACAUGAGAGUGAUAAAAUUUCAAGCUUGGGAAGAACAUUUUGCUGAAAAGAUUCAAGCAUUUCGUGAUUCAGAAUUCGUCUGGUUACAGAAAUUCGGAAUUUCUGCUUCUGCAAAUAUGGUCGCAUUAUGGAGCACACCAGUGAUUGUUUCAACCCUCACAUUCGAAACUGCAAUAUUUCUGGGGUAUCCACUAGAUGUAGGAACUGUUUUUACAGCUACAUCAAUUUUCAAAAUCUUACAAGAACCGAUACGGAGUUUUCCUCAAGCUUUGAUAUCGAUUUCGCAGGCAAUGAUUUCUCUUGGAAGACUAGAUGGGCAUUUAAUAAGUAAAGAAUUAGUUGAAGGAGAUGUAGAGAGGGUAGAAAAUUGUGGUGGUAGUGUUGCAGUUGAAAUACAUGGCGGGGUUUUCGGGUGGGACGAUGAUGCUGGUGGAGAAGCAAUAAUCAAAAUCUUGAAUUUGCAGAUUAAUAAAGGAGAAUUAGCAGCAAUUGUUGGCACUGUAGGAUCAGGGAAGUCUUCAUUUCUUGCGGCAAUUCUUGGUGAGAUGCAUAAGAUCUCAGGAAAGGUGAGAGUUUGUGGAACCACGGCCUAUGUGGCCCAGACGCCGUGGAUACAGAAUGGUACUAUCCAAGCCAAUAUUCUGUUUGGUACAGCAAUGAACAUAGAUAGGUACAGAGAAGUAAUCAGAGUGUGUUGCCUUGAGAAAGAUUUGAAUAUGAUGGAAUUUGGAGAUCAGACGGAGAUUGGUGAGCGUGGUAUAAACCUCAGUGGAGGUCAGAAACAGAGGAUACAACUUGCUAGAGCUGUGUAUCAAGAUAGUGAUAUUUACCUUCUUGACGAUGUCUUCAGUGCGGUUGAUGCUCACACUGGUUCUGAAUUAUUCAAGGAUUGUGUUAGGGGAGCUCUGAAGAACAAAACCAUUUUGCUUGUAACCCACCAAGUUGAUUUCUUGCAUAAUGCUGAUCUCAUAUUGGUAAUGAGAGAUGGGAUGAUUGUACAAUCAGGAAAACAUGAUGAGCUAAUAAACGAUUCUGGCUUGGAUUAUGGUGCACUUGUAGCUGCCCAUGUAUCAUCUAUGGAACUAGUAGAGGAAAAAAACAGCAAGGAAAAUCCUCGUGAAAAACCGGGCAUGUCAAUACUUCCAAGUUCAGCACCAUCACACGACGCCAAUGUCAUAAAUAAGUCAACGGAUGAGUACUCGAAACCUGAGAAGGCAACAUCCAAACUCAUCAAUGAAGAAGAGCGAGAAACUGGGCAUGUCAGUUCGGAUGUCUACAAGGCAUACAGCACCGAGGCGUAUGGAUGGUGGGGUGUAGUUGCAGUAGUUUUGAUGUCCUUGUUUUGGCAGUUCUCACUUAUGGCUGGUGAUUAUUGGUUAGCAUUCGAGACAUCUGAAGAUCGUUCAUUUGAUCCUACAUUCUUCAUUGAAAUCUAUGGAAUUAUAGAUGUUGUUUCAUGUUUCUUGGUGAUGAUAAGAGCAUUUGGUGUUAUGUUCAUUGGCCUUAAGACUGCUCAGCUCUUUUUCAUUAAAAUUAUUCGUAGCAUCUCACGUGCACCAAUGUCAUUCUUUGAUACUACACCAUCCGGAAGAGUCUUAAGUCGCGCGUCGAGUGAUCAAACCACUGUUGAUUUAUUGCUCCCGUUCUUCGUUAGCAUGACAGUCACUAUGUAUUUCACUCUUCUCAGCAUCCUAUUUGUCAUAUGUCAAGUUGCUUGGCCAACUAUCUUCCUCUUAAUCCCGCUAAUUUGGUUCAAUAUCUGGUACCGGCGGUACUAUCUGGCGUCAUCACGUGAAUUAACCCGUCUUGACUCGAUCACGAAAGCCCCUGUUAUUCAUCAUUUCUCAGAAAGUAUUGCUGGUGUAAUGACAAUUAGAUGCUUCAGAAAACAAGAGGAGUUUUGUCAUGAGAAUUUCAACAGGGUGAAUACAAACUUAAGAAUGGAUUUCCAUAAUAACGGCUCCAAUGAAUGGUUGGGGUUCCGCUUGGAAUUGGUUGGGAGCAUGGUCCUUUGCCUAUCUGCAUUCUUCAUGGUCUUGCUGCCUACUAAUUUCAUUAAACCAGAGUAUGUGGGAUUAUCCUUGUCCUAUGGUUUAUCUUUAAAUGGUGUAUUGUUCUGGACAAUAUACAUGACUUGUUUCGUCGAGAACAAAAUGGUUUCCAUUGAAAGAAUAAGACAAUUCAUAAACAUUCCAUCUGAAGCACCCUGGAGAAUCAAGGAUUGUCUUCCUUAUCCAGACUGGCCAACCCAAGGGGAUGUCAGUGUCAACAAUUUGCAGGUUAGAUAUAGACCAAACACACCUCUCAUUCUCAAAGGCAUCACUCUUAGGAUUCAAGGAGGAGAAAAAGUCGGUGUUGUUGGUCGAACCGGAAGUGGGAAAUCGACUUUGAUUCAAGCUUUCUUUAGAGUUGUGGAGCCUUCAGCAGGGAACAUAAUUAUAGACAACAUCGAUAUUUCCAAGAUUGGUCUCUAUGACCUUAGAUCCCGCUUUGGAAUUAUUCCGCAAGAGCCUGUCCUUUUCCAGGGAACCAUACGAAGCAACAUUUACCCAAUAGGACUGUACUCAGACGAGGAAAUAUGGAAGAGCCUCGAACGGUGCCAACUAAAGGAUGUAGUGAUUGCAAAACCACAAAAGCUCGAUGCUUCUGUGGUUGAUAGUGGAGACAAUUGGAGUGUGGGAGAAAGGCAACUUCUCUGUCUAGGACGUGUAAUGUUAAAGCGAAGUCGAAUCUUGUUUAUGGAUGAACCAACAGCUUCUGUUGAUUCACAAACAGAUGGCGUAAUUCAGAAGAUCAUAAGAGAGGAUUUCUCUGCUUGUACAAUUAUCAGCGUUGCUCACAGAAUACCCACAGUCAUGGAUUGUGAUAGAGUACUUGUUAUCGAUGCAGGACUAGCACUAGAGUUUGAUAAACCAUCUAGUUUGCUUGAGAAACCAACAAUCUUCAGAGCAUUGGUUCAAGAAUAUGCAAACCGGUCAUCUGGUUUGUAAACAAUCAACAGGUUGAACUAUUGUGAUUCAACUGUUAGAUGUAUACAGGUAAUUGAAAUUGGGUCAUGAUGAAAUUUAAGACUGUAGCUGCCACGGUGGGGAAAUGAUGAAGAUCUGGAUGUGAAGUAGUUCAUGGCGCUUACCUAGAACACUGAUCAGAUGGAGUUGUUCUGUAAAAUCUGAUGUGAAGACUGUAGCUGCCACAGUCGGCCCUUCCCAUGACCUCAAUUAAAGGUCCAGGUGGUCGUUAUUUUGCGGUUGAUUGUAAAAAUCGUCCUGCUGUCCACAGUCAAAUGUCGGAGAUGAUGGAGAUCUGGGUUAGGAAUGUCGGAGGUGAUGAAGAUCUGGUUUAGGAAACGAAGAAGAUUACUAAACAUCGCUGUCGUUGCUUCAGGGUGAGGGUAUUUUUAGUAGUUUACUGAAAAUAAUUUUCUUUUUGCCACGCACGCAAAAAUGCUGACUCGACUGACCUAGCAAUGGACGGAAAUCCUAACAUGGGGAGGAAACGCUAAUUUCAAUCUAUUUGGGGAGAAAACGCUAAGUAGCUAUCUUUAAAGGGGAGGAAACGCAAAAUAGCCCCAUAUAAAAUUGGCUACACAAUAUAGAGCUGUUAGAUAGUGGUCAAGCAAACAUGAUUUUAAGAGACAAUAUAUAGUGAUAUUUAUAUAGAUAUACAGGUAAACCUCUAUGUAGAACCCUCUAUCUAUAGAGAGGAAAAAACAAACAUGUUGUAAGACUAAUAUAGCAUCUCGCACAGUUAUUUUUACUGGCUAAUAACGGGUGCCAGUUUGACCAACUUAUUUUUACUUCAAUUCCCCAAAAUUACCAUGCAUA